AUGUCGGGGCCAAGAAAUAAUCUGGAUGAACUCCGUCGCAAACAGCCAGGCGGCACUCCGUUACCGCGCCCACCACCCCAGCUCUUCAGCCACGAGAAGUCUACCAAGUUCAAGCCUGCCAAAUCCUUCAGCACACCUGAGCAUGUCACUGUGCGCAAGACAACUACGGUCCUUCCUGCUUUUUCUACACCCGGUUUUGGCAAGAGUAAACCCCCUCCACUCGCGCUUCCUUCCAAUGGAGACCACUCGUAUAUCAGCAUAUCUUCUACGGAUACCACUCCUCCCUCUGCCUCUGUGUCAAGUGUCCCCAGUAAACGUCUUUCCAUGGAUGCCCACAUAGAUCAAGAACAUACGGGGCCAUCAAAGCGUCCGAAAGUUGACACCACAUCGGACAAGGAGAAUAGAUUCAUCUCUGAUGUGAAGGGCAAGGCAAGAGAGCUCCCGUUGAAUCGGACAUUAGACUUCCACGCCCCAGACCCCAUCAAUCCAUCACCUAUCAGGCAUUCUGCUUCGAGAAUACUAGCCAACCCGCCACGACCAGCACUGGCAGUGACUCCUGCUGGGCCACCAUCGCGGAAUUUGCCAUUGGACUGGUCAGAUCUCAUUGGGAAAUCCGAAGCCGAUCUCAGCAUAAUCCUCAACAGUAACUUUGACCUGCGGGGUCUGAUAUCUGAUAGAAUGCUGAAACAUAAUACUGGCGAAGACCGCAGUCACGACAUCGUUUUACUCCAGCAUCUCGACAAACUGGCCGGAGACAGAAUUGUUUCGAUUUUAGCGUUCCGUUCCGCGGUGAACCGAGGUGACCAGCCCGUCCUUCCAUCCCCCUCAUGGUCCUCGCAGACUUCCACUCCCAGCACUGCGCAGCUUCGUCCUUCAGCUCUCCUUCCGAGCAAACAACCCUCGUUGACAAAUGAGGCGGUCCAGUCUUCUUCAACGACGUUAUAUGGCGGCGAAUACGGGAUUGGUUUUCCAGGCAGUAGCACGACUAUUGUGAAGCAGGUAGUUGGCACUGCUAGCGCUCCGCUUGACGACGUUGAACCUGGAAGCGACGAUUACUGGAAUGGACCGAAUGAUGAUAUAGUAGAUCUUUAUGAAGAUGUCCGACCUCUCCCUCUCCCGGCACCUGCUACACCGCCAUCAUCUCUUCCUCGCCAUACUGGUCAGGCCGCGACGUCCUCUUCCUCCACAGCACACAAUAGCGAGCUGACGAAGAACAAGUACUAUCCCGAGAUCAAGCGCAAGCUCUGGGAAGUAUUUGGUAUCAAUUCAUUCCGAAAGCAUCAGCUGGAAGCAAUCACUGCAGCCCUGUCUGGGCGCGACGUCUUUGUGUUGAUGCCUACAGGUGGCGGGAAAAGCUUGUGUUUUCAGCUCGCUGCGUUGUGUAAACCCGGAUCAACCACUUUUGUGAUCGGCCCCCUGAUAUCUCUCAUGAAGGAUCAGGCGGGUGCUCUCAAGAAGAGAGGCGUCGACGUCGUAGUGUUUGAAUCAAAUCGAGAUAACAAAGAAACUGCUGCGGACAUGGCGCGUCUCAAAACCAAGAAUAGACCGUGCUUGGCGUAUGUGACACCAGAGAGACUCCAGUUUAGUGCUGCGAUGAGGAAUACCAUGUCUAUGAUGUAUCAGAAUGAUGCGAUAGCGCUGUUCAGUGUCGAUGAGGCACAUUGUAUCUCCACGUGGGGAAGAGAUUUCCGAGACUCUUACAAAGCGCUCAACCUCUUGCGAAUCGAGUAUCCCAAAGUUCCGAUCAUGGCACUCACUGGGACAGCUCCUCCGGAAGCAGUCAACGAUAUUAUUGAUCGUCUCGGGAUGCCUAAUUGCCUCCGCUUGAUAGAAUCCCAUAAUCGCACGAAUUUGAACUACAUGGUUCGACAGAAACGGAAGGGUGGCGUUCUCGCAGACAUUGUCGAAUUCAUUCGAACCAACUAUAGUGGACAGACCGGUAUUAUCUACGCUACAAGUCGGAAGAAAUGCGAGGACAUUGCUGCAGAGUUGCAGAAUGUUCAUCACUUGUCGGCAUUCCCCUACCAUGGGAAAAUGGACAAUGAUGAGAAGCAUCAUAACCAAGAUAUGUGGCUGGACGGAAGGUGCAAAGUCAUAGUGGCAACAAACGCGUUCGGAAUGGGUAUCGACAAAUCCAACGUUCGUUUCGUCAUCCAUCACUCUUUGCCGAAGGAUCUUGAAAGCUACUAUCAAGAGACAGGCCGUGCAGGGAGAGACAGUAGUCCUGCCGAUUGUGUCCUAUUCUACUCGUACGGCGAUUACACGGCUGCCUUGAGCCAGAUCUACAAGGAGGACAAACCCGAGGACAGGAAGGAGUGGGCAAGAGAUAAACUGCGAAGGGUAAUGCAGUUUGCUGAAAACGACACCGAUUGUCGUCGGGCCCAGGUUCUCGGCUACUUCGGCGAAAACAACUUCGACCCACAGAAUUGCCACAACUUCUGCGACAACUGUCGUGAUGAGCACGGAAUCGAAGAACAGGAUGUGACUACAUCGGCUGUCAACAUCGUUCGGCUGGCGCAAGGCUUACUACGGAAUGGAGAUAUGACAAGAAAUCAAUUCGUAGACGUCAUCAAGGGGAGCAAAACCAAGUGGAUCAAGGAUCAAUGCCACGACCAACUUGAAUCCUUCGGGGUAGGCAGAGAUAUGCCGAAAGGACGUGUUGAGCGAAUAGUUGAUCACCUUGAGGUCGAGGGUAUUUUUGACCAGGUUCCUAAGAGAUCAAGCGAGUGGACCAACUCUUACAUGCAGCUUGGGCGUAACGCUCACACGUUCCUCGAACGGCCCUCAAGCCUUGUCAUGCGUUUCAGAGCCCUCUCUUCCGCCAAUGUUGCCACUUCCAAACGCCAGAAACGGGUGGUGACCGCUGGGAACGCGUCCACAGGGAACGCAGGCCGAAAGCGUAACAGAAAGGAGAAGGUUGUUCAGUACGACGAGGAUCCCAUCGAUUUAUAUCAGGACGACUCUGGUACCGCCGAGGUUUUCCAAGAGGAUGUCAUGGACAACGUUAUAGAAGUCUACAACCCGAUGGUAGGAAAUUCAAGGUUCAGGGACCCAGCUCAGAAAGCUGCAGGUGGAGAUUCAGAUGUUGAAGUGAUUGAGAAUUUCGAUCAUCCGGUUACCAACGUCGAUCCUUCGGAAUCGUGUCUGAAGGAGUUGCUACAAGUUCGCCAGAAGAUUGCCCUCGCUGAGAACCUUGAUCCUGAAGAGGUCCUCGAUGAUUAUGCGUUGAACAUGUUGAGCGCCAUCAUGCCCAACGAUCUUAACAGCUUCAACAACCAGCUGAGAGAUGCAGAGGUUGAUCCACAGGGUCUGAUCAAGGUGCAUAUACCACGACUUCUGACUGUGUGCAUAAAUCAUCAUGUUCAGCGAGAGUCGGGCCGUAACAACUCCUCGCAGUCGAAACCGCCUUCAGUCCUGAAUCUCCGUCAGCAAUUUGAGUAUCGCAGGUAG